AUGACGGCGGACGAACACCACGAGGACAACGAGCUGCCACCAGCCGGCAACCCAGCCGAGGCCAGCAACAAGGACGUGCCACCUGCCAUCGCCGCGUUUGUCGAGCGAUUCUACAAGCUCUCGGACACGCCCGAGAUCCACGAGCAGUACGCCGACGAAUGCUUCAUCCACGACGAAGAGCGUCUGCGCUUCCAGAUCGGACCGAUGCAGCCGACCAAUACGCGCGGUGGCAUCGUCGCCUGGCGUCAGAAAGGAUGGGAGGGUGUGACACGCCGCAAGCACGUCGUCAACGGCAUCUUUAUCAGCCCCAAGUGGGACAACGAGAUCAUGCUCGACGGCAGCGUCGAGAUGGAAAAGAACGGAUCUACACUCAAGUUCAACUGGGCCGGCAGGAUGGAAUUCGACGCAAAGAGCCUCGAGCAAGGUGCUCCCAAGAUCGAGACGUACAAGGUCUGGCUGGAGUCAACCGGUUCGUCGGCCGUAGCCAGACAUGAGUCCGAUGCACUGGCAGCCCCGGCAGCCCCAGCUCGUGUCUCGAAGAUAGGCGCGGACUUGAACAGCACUCGACCUUUCUCGCCCUCGCUGGGGAAGGCCCAACUGUCAUUGCGUCCCCCUGUAUUCCGCACAUCACCACCAACCUUUGGCAUCACGUCCACCAUGUCUUUGAUCGCCCUCGAAGAAGCCUUCAACAUCCCCUCGCUGGCGGAGCAGUCGGCCUACCAGGCGCGCCUCUUCGUCGCCGACGGAAACGGCCAAGCGCAUGCAGACCGCCUCGUGGACAUCCACGGCGAGCGCCUCGCCAAGAUGGACAAGCACGGCGUUGCUCACACCAUCCUCUCGCUCACCGCCCCCGGCAUCCAGGACUUUGACGAGCCCAAGGCGGCCGCCGCUGCCGCCCGCGAGGUCAACGACUGGGUCCACCAGCAGGUGCAGAAGAACCCCAAGCGCUUCAGCGCCUUUGCCAGCUUGUCCAUGCACAACUCCAAGGACGCCAGCGACGAGCUCAGGCGCUGCGUCAAGGAGCUCGGCUUUGUCGGCGCGCUCGUCAACGACAACCAGCGUCUGCCCAACGACGAGGCGGCGUGGUACGACCUGCCCGAGUGGGACGACUUCUGGUCCACCGUGACCGAGCUCGACGUGCCCUUCUACCUCCAUCCCAUCGCACCCAAGGGCGAGAUCCACCGCCGCAUCUACAAGGACCGCGCCGCGCUCAUCGGGCCCGUCCUCUCCUUCGCCAACAACGUCUCGGCGCACCUCCUCGGCAUGAUCGUCAAUGGCGUCUUUGACCGACACCCCAAGCUCAAGAUCAUCGUCGGUCACCUCGGAGAGCACAUUCCGUUCGACCUGUGGCGCAUCAACCACUGGCUCGAGGAUGUGCACAAGCCUCGUGGCGCCGUAUCCAUGAAGAAGACGAUCCGCGACUACUUCAACGAGAAUAUCUGGGUCACCACCUCGGGCCACUUUUCCACGCUCACGCUCAAGUAUGUGCAGGACGAGAUCGGCGUCGACCGCAUCCUCUUCUCCAUCGACUACCCCUACGAGAAGUUUGAGGACGCGUGCGAUUGGUUCAAGACGCUCGACGGCAAGUUCUCGGCAGAGGAUCUCGCCAAGAUCAGCCACAAAAACUCGCAAAAGCUCUUCCCCCACCUGCGUUCGUGA